AUGCCGACAAAGACCAAAUGCACACAAGCAGCUGAUGCCCUUCACCGGGCCUUCCUUGUCAACCUUGUUACGGAAAUUGAAGCCUCAAUCAUCCAUGAACGUGAACAGUACGGACGCGAGCGCGGGCCGAGCACCAAUUCCGAUUCCGAUUCCUCCAACUCUGAUAGCGACACAUCAGAUGAUCUAGAUGGGGUGUUGGACGCUUCCAGCUCAAGUGAUGAGUCAGAAAGCACCCACAAAGAUCUGCUCGAUGAUGCUAUGGAGCUGUAUUUGGAUAGCUUGGCAGAACUGUAUUCACAGCGGUAUCUUGCUGAGCGCACCCCAAUUCCUAAAUCACUCGACUUCAUCGAGCUUCUCCUGGGAACCUACAAAGAGUCUAAUCCUGACAUCUUCCGGUCUUAUCUCUGCAUCAAUCCGGUGAAAUGCUGA